ACCUGUAAGACUGAUGAUCUUAGCCAGCUAGCUAACAAAGUUAGGUAUUUACAGAAAGAUUCUCUUAUAGCCUUCGAGCCUAUUAACGAUGUGUACAAAAAUGAGAACCUUUGAUUUAUCAAAAGCAGAAGUGAAAACGGAAGGUUUUACCGUGAAGUCAACCAUGAAGAAUUCUGUGGUAGUGGGUCCUCCUCUGCAGGUGCAUUUCGGUGAACGUCCAGCCAAGCCCACGGCCUUUCGGAAGUUCUAUGAGCGUGGUGACUUCCCCAUUGCACUGGAGCACGACACCAAGGGCAACCGCAUUGCCUGGAAGGUGGAGAUUGAAAAGCUGGACUACCACCACUACCUGCCGCUGUUCUUCGACGGGCUGUGUGAGACAGCUCACCCGUACGAGUUCCUCGCCCGGCAGGGCGUCCAUGACAUGCUGGAACACGGCAGCACCAAGAUCUUGCCUGUCGUCCCUCAGCUCAUCAUCCCCAUCAAGAAUUCCCUGAACACGAGGAACCGUCAGGUGAUCUGCACCACGCUGAAGGUGCUGCAGCACCUGGUGGUGUCGGGUGAGAUGGUGGGUGAGGCCCUGGUGUACUACAGACAGACCCCCAUCCUCAACAUCUUCAAGAACAUGAACAUCAACUCCGGGGAUGGUAUCGACUAUAGCCAGCAGAAGCGGGAGAACGUGGGGGACCUGAUCCAGGAGACGCUGGAGGUGUGUGAACGCUACGGGGGGGAAGACGCCUUCAUCAACAUCAAAUACAUGGUGCCCACCUACGAGUCCUGUCUGCUCAACUGAAGUGGAGAUGAACCCCUGACACAUACACUCACACACACACACACACACACACACACACACACACACACGCACACACUACUGCUUCACCUGAGCCUUGUAGAGCACAUACAUGACUGUAUUAAAGUAGCUGUUGGUUAUUUUCACAUGUUUGUGUUCUGUGAGCUUUCGUGUUCUCUGAGAGAGAAGACCCUGGAGUACUCUGUGUGUAAACCCUCAGAGAAGGGUUUAAUCACACACACACACACACACA